AAUGUAACUGGUUUCCUCUCUAAGACUAUAUGUCAAAAUUACAAAAUGUUUAACAUCCAAUAUCUGAUGUUUAAUAGAAACCAAUGUACUCUAGUGGUGUCGUUAAACGAACACAAAAAUCCCACAUUUUUACUUGUGUCUUUGCAGCCCUGCGGCGACCCUAUUCCACGUCAUCACCCGGAGGAAGUGCGGAUUCAUUCGAUAGCGCCAUUUACCUCUCAAGUGAAAGUGUAGAACCCUACACACUAAUACUUGAGAUGAAUUCAACAGUAGUGCAAGAGAUAAUUCCUGCAAGUUACCCAACACAGGUGUGGUGGUCCCUGAAAAACGAAAAAGAUCUUCCGGGCAUUCCAGACGUAAUAGAAAUAUACAAGAACGAGCAAAACACGAUACUGGAAUACCACAUCGAUAAGUCAUUGUCGAGAUCACUGGCAGACCUUUGCAAGAACCGACUGUAUGAUUCGAGCGAUACCGAGUACUUGCGGUAUUUGCAGACGACGGCUGUCAACUUACGUGACCUGCACAGUCGAGGCUGGGUGCACGGAGAGAUACAGACGUCCAACAUCCUGGCUGAGGCGACUCAACCCCUGUCUGCAAAAAGAAAGGUGAAGGUCAACCACGGAUUUACCUUGCACUAA